GCGCGGAGGACAGCGGGCAGCCUAGAGAAGCAAGGCGAAAUUCAUUCUUAAUCAUUUAUUUAUAUAGAUAUUUAUAUAGAUAUCCAGACUAUCGCUUUGGGAUGAGUGGAUUGUUUCUGAAGUUUUUACGGGUGGCGGCACUUAGCGCACUCUUCUUCGCCCCGAGGGUUCGGUCUUCCCCGGUCGUAGGGCAGGAGCCGAUUCGCUGCGCCCCGUGUUCCACAGAGCGGGUGGCUGAGUGUCCGGCGGUGGAUGCCCGCUGCGAGGAGGUGCUGCCCGAGCCGGGCUGCGGCUGCUGCUCUGCUUGUGCGCUGAGGAAAGGCGACUCCUGCGGGAUCUACACCGCGCCGUGCGGCUCCGGUCUCCGCUGCUUGCCGAGACCCGGAGAGCCCCGUCCGCUGCACGCGCUCACUCGAGGCCAAGCGCUCUGCACGGAGCUCAGUGAACACGAACAGAGCCAAACUCAGCUGUCGCCAGAUCCCGCUGAGUCCGAGAACGGGGCUACGGCAGGUACCGAGGCCGCCUCUCCUCUCCUCCUGCCAGGCCACGUCAAGCCCUUUGAUCCGAGGGUUGCCGCUGGAGCUCAGGAAAGCAUGAAAUCCAAAGUGAACACCAUCCGGAGGAAACAUAUUGAACAGGGUCCCUGCCAUGUGGAGUUGCAGAGAGCUCUGGAGAAGAUCGCUAAAUCUCAACAGAAGCUGGAAGACCAGCUGACAAGAUUCUACUUGCCUAACUGUGAUAAACACGGGCUCUACAAAGCCAAACAGUGUGAAUCGUCUCUGGAUGGUCAGAGGGGGAAAUGCUGGUGCGUGUCAUCCUGGAAUGGAAAAAAGCUUCUAGGAUCAAGUGAACUGCCUGCAGAUGCUGAGUGCCCCCAGGAACUCAACCACUGAUCACCCCCGCCCUCCACCCCUCACACACACACACACGCACACACACACACACACACACACGGGCCCUAAGGAACUCUUCUACCAGUGGACUGCAGCUGCACACAGAUACAUACAUGCAAAAUAUUAUGCCACUGAUUUCUUUUUUAAUAUUUUCUAUUUAUUUAUUGUAGACUACGUUGUGUUCUUUGAUUCAGGUACACUAUUUUUAAUUGGUGAAUACUAGUUCACUAAACCUGCCAAAAUAGAAAAUGUUUUUUUUCUCUCUCAAAGGGUUAACGAAUAUGUCUAUAUUUACAUAAAGCAUCCAUGUAUAUUUAUUUAAACUGAAUGUAUUCAUAUUUUUUCAAUAAGAAUAUUUAUUCCUUAUGCCUUAUUAUUAUUUUUGUAUAGUGUAAAAGUUUUUUGUGUUCAGUGUGUUUUAAUAGUGUCAGUAGUCUCACCUUCCUAAGUGGCUGUUGGGAGGAAUCUAAAUGGAAAAAAGCACUGCAUGGCCAAACCGCUUUGUCACUGCCUACACCUUUCCAUACAUCCCUGUUCCUUACUAAUGACGUUCCGUACAUCCCUGUUCUUAUACUAAUGACGUUCCGUACAUCCCUGUUCUUAUACUAAUGAUGCUCCGUACAUCCCUGUUCUUGCAGUAAUAACUUUCCAAGCGUCCUUGUUCUUAUAUUAAUUACUUUCUUAUUUUCUUUGUGAAAAAGAAAUUACCCAAUCACAUUGAACAGAAAUUUAGCUGUCAUGAUUCUAAACUUUAUUUAGCAGUGCAUGAUGGGUAUUGGUCUUCACAGCUCCUGACACGGGUAACCGCCUGUUCCUACCUCUGAUUUUGAAGAUUUGUUAUAUCUGUGUUGAUAUUUUGGACAGCUUUUUUGCCAGUGUUGCUGAAGAUUGUUGAACUUUAGGACCACUUGAGGUUGUGUGAUUGUGACUGUGCGAAUCACUUUUGAAACUGUUUGUGUGAACGUGAUCGAUGUGAGAGUUUUCUGACUGUAUUUGAUGGCUGUAAGUUGAGUGGAGUCAAUUCUGUGGGUAGUCCCUCGUUUUAACGAUGCAGUUUCUCUACUUUCCACUGUGAGGAAAUUGGAUCCUGCAACUGUUUUACUCCAAAGCAAUUGAUCAGUGUAUAUAUGCAUUUUUAUUAAAUUCUAAUUGUAAUAAAUUGUGGAAAAAGAUAUUUAUACAGUAUAUAAGUCUUCACUGUGGGGUCAGAUAACAAGUCCUGAAAUAAAUUCGUGUAGCUCAGCUGCAAUGAACUGUGAGUGAAAGCAUGAAACUUUUUGCCAGAGUCCAGCGAGACACAUAAUGUCAACGUAAACCACCUAUGAGCUCUCUCUCUCUCUCUCUCUCUCUCUCUCUCUCCCCCCCCCCCACUUUCACAUAGUACACUUUACAAAAUCACAAUAAUGUUUUUAUCUGGUCUAUUUUUAAAACUGCUUGUGGGCAGAGCUCUAUUUGUGUGUACGUGUGUGUGAAUGUGUUUGUGUGCCCUUAUCGUGGAAAUCUCACAUGGAGCUGCACACUAACUUUAGCUCGGUAUUUAGGGUGGAACUGAGCUCUGCUUUCUGCAGUGCCUUUGACCUGCUCUCUGUUUGUGCUGGUCUGGCACAGAAACGCCCCUCCCCCUUGCCUGGGUGAGACAUCCCUCCGACAUCACCCCUACACCUUUUUCAUCGUUUUCACUUUUAGACAUAUAAACGAUUGUACCCACACAUGUAGUACCAAUCAGAAAUGUCCAACGAGUAAUGUCCAGUGAGAAAUGUCCAGUGAGUAAUGUCCAAUGAGAAAUGUCCAAUAAGAAACAUCCAAUGAGUAAUGUCCAAUGAGAAAAGUCCAAUGAGAAAUGUCCAUUGAGUAAUGUCCAAUGAGAAAUGUCAUUUAGGUGCUACCCUUGAAUGCAUAUGCUGGUUUGGCAGACUUGGCGAGGUAAACAAUACUUUCCAUCACUCAGUUAAUGUAGUUUUCUAUGAAUUGUUCUAUUUGCGCCAGCUACAUGAUAUUAUGGACCGGUUCAGACAGAAAUGGAACAAAUGGAGGUAAGCAAUCGUCUCUCCUUACUAGUAAUUUGUGACAGUGACAUUUGUAAUCAGAUGGGAGUUAUAGGAGUCAAACACAUCCCAUCAAGAAAUCUUCUCAAUUUAGGUAAUAAGCAGAAUGCAGAAAGCCUGGUUGUGAAGUCUACAUUAGUGCCAGGGCUGUCAAUGUACAUUGUUUUGUGAAUGUAAACUUUCUCAACAGCGUCAUCAAAUAUAUUCUUUGGGAAAAGCACAAAAUAAGGUCUUUGACAUGGGUUGUCAUGUGGUUUUAAUGUACUGAGCCAUUUUUCAUUUUUUUUAUUCACUUUGCAAUGCAUUUGAUGGACCAAAUUUCCAUAGGUUUUUUCCCUUUCUUUUGGAGGACUACAGAUUCCUAUCAUAGGUCUGGGUCCAGUCAGAAUUCUACCUCUUCAUUCCUCUACACGCUAGAUAUCGAUUUGUGAGAUCCCACUACUUUAUUCACAAAUCACAUUUGGAGGUCAUGUACAGUAAUAAUGCCAACGUCUUCAUCCAUUCAGAAACAUAAAGUCAUGUGUACAUUAAAAUAGUGUUUAUUUUUAUUUAAAAAAGAUAUUAAAUACAAAUUAUAUUUGAACAAAACAUUUUCUUUCUUGUAGAAAGGCAUAAAUGUGUAAUAUCUAGUUUAGUAACUUGAAAAGCUUUUUUAAAGAAACAAAAUUCUUUUAAAUGAUAAAAAAAAAGUACAAUUACCCGUGAACGGAGAGAUCCUUGAAAGAGACGUGCGGAGAAGAGCGACCCUGCACAGCACAACGAGGCUGGCAGGUCUGUCUUAGCUCAUCUUUGCUUUUCUUUGAUAUUAGCUUAGGUGUAGCUCUCACUCCUAGCUUUGCAUCAGCUCAGCUUUAACAUUCAGUUUGUUUUUUAGCUUAAUCGUAACCAAUGGAGUUAAACACGGAGUUUAGCCCAAAUGUUAUUUAAGCCAAAGGCCGAACUUCAGAUCAGCUUAGCUAAAAUUUAGCUUAGUUCUAGUAGUUUAUGUCAAGAGAAAGUCCUAAGAAACCUGAAGAUGUUUAAUAUUAGACCACUCAACUGAGAUCAGAACCAUCUCUGAACUAAUCACUGAGACUUUGCACACUGCACCAUCGAUAAAAUAUCUAAAAACUCUUUAGUGAUUAUAUUCCCAAAGAUAUGUUGAGUUCUAGCUAUUGACCAUUGUGCAAUCAUUGAGUCACUUAAUUUUCAAAAGAAAGAAAAGGUUAGGAUCAGCUUAUACCUCUUUCUUAGAUAAAUAACUUUGAUGUUUUAAAGUAAAGUUCACAUGCCUCUUUAGACACAUCGCUGGCCAGACAUAAUAGAAAUUUCGAUCAAAAUGAUACACAACAUAACAGAAGGCCGACAGCAAAGUAUACCUUAAUGCUCCUCCCCCAAAAUCAAGUCAUGAAAACCAGAAAGGCUCUAGCACCAAUAUUUCUGAAGUUGUUACUCUCGGGUUGUGGUUUUUUUUUUGUUUUUUUUUUGUUGUUGUUGUUCUUAGCAUUCGGUGGGGGCGAGGGGGCGCGAACA